AUGUCUCAUCAUCGCGCAGAUGCCAGUGCUCUUCUUGAUACUCGUGGCUAUUCGGGCCCGCUGAUUCGCGGCGUGAACCCAGCAACACUCUUCGAGAAAGCAGUUCGAGAUCGAAUAACAGACUCCUACUAUUGGAAAGAGCAGUGUUUCGGAUUGAAUGCAGCGACUCUCUGCGACAGAGCGGUCGAGUUAACCUAUAUCGGCGGCACCUACGGCGUGGGCCAGAAGCCAACUCCUUUCCUCUGCCUUGCUUUCAAGCUCCUACAACUUGCACCAGAGAAAGAAGUGAUAUUGGAGUAUUUGAAUUUCCACGAUCCGGAAGCAGAUGAGGAGGAUUCGAAUAUUAGGAGGGAUAGCACGGAUGCAGAUGGGGGUGCAGAGGAUGCACAGGACAGAGCUGAUGCAGCAAUACUAAAAGCUACGGGGGAUUUCAAAUACCUGCGCGCGUUAGCAGCGUUUUAUAUACGACUUACUUUCGAGCCAGUGGAGAUAUAUAAAACGCUGGAACCUCUUUUGACGGAUUAUAGGAAGCUGAAGAGACGCACCAAGGAAGGCUUCUUGCUAACCUACAUGGAUCAGUUUGUUGACGAUCUACUCACGAAAGAUCGCGUGUGUGGAACUAGUUUAUGGAAGAUACCAACGAGAACCAUGUUGGAAGAUUUGGAUAUGCUCGACGAACGGAUCAGCCCUUUGAAUGACGAGCUAGAAGAUCUAGAUGAAGAAAGUGAAAAGGAAGACGACAAGGAAGAGGGGGAGAAUGGCGAAGAAAACACCGCCAGUCCGUGA